AUGUCAUCCAUGGGUCUCGCAUACAACGGCUACGGCAUGUACGGCGGCAUGACUGAUUAUUCUUCACUUAUGAAUGGUAAGCUUUUCGAAAUUAUCGAAUUACAAAAGUUUCUGGAAUAAAAUAUAUAAGUUGUUUGUACGAAGGUCUUACUAUUAGAUUAUAGACUUGCUCUGAUUUUUUCGCCUUUGAAAGAUGAAGUAAAUUUUUAAUAUAUUUAAUGAGAGUUUAAAAAACUUGUUUCGUGCUCCAAAAUUCGCUACAAGUUCAUAGAAAAUUUUUAAAGUUUUGCGCGUCACGGUGUGAAUUCGCGUAAAUCUGCAGCAUUGUGUGUUUUUGAAUAACUUUACGAAUGUCAAUUUUACACGCUUUUUCGUCUUUUUUUCAUCAAUUAUCGAAUUUUUUUCUGUUCUCAAAAAAAAAACUUCAAUUUCUGUUUGAUUUAAGAACUACGCCAAAUGAAUGUCUAACUGAUGGAAAAGGAAUUUUUCAAUUUUAAACGAAAUUUUUAUAAAUUAAUUAGUCUAAAAAAAAAUAUUUACGCACUUAUUUGCAAUGAAGUUCAUUUCAGAAUAUUUUCAUGUCCAAUAAAAAAAAAUAUCACGUUUAGUAAAUUUUCUGCGCUGUUUUAAUUUUAAGUUUCGAUUUUUUACUCUUAAAAAAUGUCACAUUUUUCAAUAAUCAAAAUGUAAAUUUCUUUGUUCCUUCAAAUGUAUAAAUCAUAUUUAACUCUCAGAAAAAGCUUCGUUUUUACCUUUUUGCUCAUCGAAAGCCAACCUGUUCAGGCUAUGGCAACGCCUACAGCAAUCCGAUGAUGUACAAUUCCCUCGGGAUGAACUCCAUGUACGGCCUCGGUGGAAUGGGCGGUCUCGGAGGCCUUUCUAGUUUGUCAGGAACUUCAAGCCUUGGCUAUGACGUCACUGGGAUGUACAACAACGGAAUGUACGGCAACGCGUAUAAUCCCUACGGCACUAUGAUGAAUGCCUAUGGUAAUUGUUAUGAUUAGUCGAAAAAUCCUUUUUUUUCUGAAACUGUCAGCAAUAAUUUUUGUACCAGCUAUAAUCUAUUUAUUCAUUUUUGUGUUUCAGGUAUGAACUCUGGAAUGAAUGGCAUGACGGGCAUGAACAGUAUGACUGGGAUGACUGGUCUGAAUGGCAUGUUGAACCAAUUCGGCAACACCGUUUCCAACACCAAUGGUUACGGUAACAGUGUCACCGCAACUUCUGGGAAUGGAUUGAACAAUGGCAACACGAUGAGGGCCUAUGGUCGCAGAACAAGUUGGUUUUUUCGAUUUGAGAAAAGUGGAUUUUCAAUAUUGUUUAGUAUAUGUUUGAGGAGAUUUGACUUUUCGGCUUUUAGUUUUUUUUCUUGGCUCUCUCGGUUUCAGUAUUUUUAUAUAUGAUUUAAAUAUUUGUGAUUCAGUUUUUUGAUAGAUUUUUAAAGCUACUUGAGCCGUUUCCGCAGUUUUUAUAUUUUUUAACGUUAUACCCACCUUCUAAAGAUCUCUCAAGAUUUACGGAAUCAGUUGAUCGAAAAAAAGCAUAUUUUUUGGACUUUUUACUUUAUUAAUACUUCGUUUGACUUUUUUUCAUUGAGCAAAAGUUAAAAUUGAAAAAAAAAAUUUCGAGUAUGCGAUAGUGCGUCUCGGUGUGUUUACACCCUAAGCAUCAUAACUUUACGAGAAGUCUAGACUUGCGUAUUAAAAAAAACGCCGAGCCUCGCUAUAUUUCAGCCUUUUCAAGCCAAAUCUCAAAUUUUUCUUACGGAUCUUUUCAAAUUUUUUUAUAUUUUUUUCCGUGAGUUUCUGUAGUUUUUUUCAAAGCAAUAUCUGUCAUCAUGUAGCUUUUUUUAUAGGUUUAAAAAAAUUAUAACAUCUGCCCAUUCCCCCAUUCCCCCAACAAAUUUGAAUAAAGUGUCAUGUUUAGAGCAGUUCAGGACUUAUGUAAACUCUAAGAUUUCGCGAAUUUUUCUAAGCGCUAUAAAAAAGUUUUCAGAAUGAUUUAUGACCUUUUACAAAGUGUAAAGGUUUCUCAUAGCUUUCUCACAUUUUCACAGGUGUUUUCCGAGAUUUUUAGAGCAGAUUGUGGUUCUCUUUUCUCACGCUCUCAGAAAAAAGGAUAAUUUUUUAUUUCAUCAAUGUAUGUUUUUAUCAUUUAUGGAGGAUUUUUAUUUUUCAAGAAAUGGCUGUAUCGAAUCAAUUUUCGAAAUUCCAGGUCAGUCAUACCAACAAGCCAACCGCUUCGGACCAUCACAUCAGGGCUGCACCGGCGUUGGAUGUGGCGGCUGGGCCGCCCAGAAAUCAUGA